UUCUUCCUCCAACGUCGUCGUGCUAGGGUUCGAUGAGUUGUAGUUUCCCGUAAUUUCUUUCAAUCCCUCCACAAUUUUACUCUCGAUAACUCGCGAAAACGAUAGAUACCCGUAAGUAUCGCGUGACACAGUACGAUAUUUCAUUACGUGCCUGCAAGUGAUUUGCAGAAAACUAUUUAAGCUUCUGAGAAGACCGUUAAUCUUUGUGCAUAGCAUUGAAGAACUUGAAAUAUGCAGAAAUUGGGAGAGUUCAAGCUACCUCAUUUCUUCAAUUACCCUCCUUACUUCACUUUGCAGCCGGUGAGAGACACUAGAGAGAAGCAGAUACAACUAUGGAAAGAGCUUAUUUUAGAUUACUGUAGAACGCAGAAGAUAUUUGUAAUUGGGCUAGAAGAAGAAUUUCCUUUAUUUUCAAAUCCUGUAAUUGAAAGGUCCCUUACUCAUGAAGCCAGAGAAGCGUUCCUUUCAGCCUUAGUUUCUGAAGGACGAGCAGAAUGGAUGGAUAAAGGACACAGGAAAUGUCUUAUUCUAUGGCAUCGGAUUCAAGAUUGGGCUGACAUUUUAUUGCAGUUUGCAAAAGAUAAUGGGCUGGAAGACAGUGUUGUGACAAUUGAAGAAAUACGCUCAGGGACUGAAUCUCAAGGAACAGAGCUUCAUGGGAUAGACCGAACUAUUUUGAAUCGUGCAUUGAAACUAUUAGAACAGAAGGGGAAGCUUGUGGUUUUUAAAGGAACUUCAACCGAUGAUGAGGGAGUUAAAUUUUCUAUAUAAUUAUUUUUUGUGUCAAUCUGUUGUUGAAUGUUGAGGGAUUUCAAUUAUGUCAUCAACAGAGGGGAUCUGUUAUCCAAUUAUGUUGAUGGGCAAGAUGACUAAAGUAAAAAUCAGUGACGUUAAUUGUUAUCAUUUUUUAUUCGAGAUCUUCCUCGUGUUAAGGGUUUGGCUUUGUAGCUAAUGUUGGUUAAUAAAUGAAACUACGCUCCCUGUGAAAUCAUGAAAUUCAUGCAUAGGAGUCUGGGUUCCGACGUGCCAAAAGUUAUCGUGAUUUCAGAAAUUGAUAUUAUCAAAAUUUAUGACAAGACUGUAUCGGAUUGUCUGCAUCAGUCCAUUAGUUACCCAUACCACAAGAUUGUUUUGCUGAGAGACCAAGAAUGGCAGGUAACCUUUGUCCACACAUUUAGGGAAGGGAAUGGAGUAGCGGAUUGGCUUGCAAAUUAUGCUACCUCUUUAGGAAAGGAGACUGUUUAUUUUGAUGUUCCUCCAGACGCUUGUCUUGGAGCUGUUAAUAGGGAUUAUAGAGGGAUAGCCUGGACCUGUAAU